CACGUACGGCGACGUCAGUGGCACAGACCACCCUCUCUCUCGCCUCAACUUUAGCCGAAGCAGACCGCAUCAUCUGCUGCUGUUUCACGCUUACUUUGCUGUUCUUUUUGUCUGUCGGAGAACUUGAACCAGCGAAGAAGCGAGUGAGCCUCUUUACAGUUGAUGUCCUUUCUGGUUUGACUCGCUGUUUAACGUGUAUUUUUCGACUAUCUGGAGGCUGCAACAGUACACCCCCCUGCACUGACAGACCGCGGGAAAAUGUCGUUACUUCCUGUGCAAUGAAGUCUUGGCGCGACAUUACGGUUGUAAACAACGGGAGGACACAGCGAGUAGGUAUUCCUAAAAGAAACUGAGAAAGAGAAAUCUGAAAGGAUGGAGAACAUUGACAUCAGUGUUGCUUCUGGUUUAUUGGUACCUGAUGCCAGUGAAGAUUCUGUGGAUAUCUAUGAUGGCCUGGAUAUUGGUCCUAGCAGCAAAAGUCCAGAGAAGUCACCUCGAAAUGGUUCUCAGCUAAGAGAUUCGAUGGAUCUAUAUGAAGAAAUUGUGGCAGAAGAACAACAGAGCAGAGAGUCAUCGUACAAUGAGUUAAAGUCCAGAUUCCAAGCAGCUCAAGACCAAAUUAAAGCGUUGCACAGGAGACUGGAGCAGUUGGAAGUACAGAACACCGGGUUGAGCACAGAGAACCACUGUCUCAAAAAGAACAUCUCUGCACUUUUACGAACAGCUAGACAAGAGGUGACAAGAAAAGACGCUGAGAUUCAAAGACUCAAUCAAUGGUCUGAGAAAGGUCGCCAUCAUCAUCAGUCUCACCUAAAUAAUGUGAGGGAUCCAAAUUCCUCUAGUCGCACCUCCACAAUCAACUCCACAAGCAAGCCACGUCCUCCACCGUCACAUAAUCUGCUGCCACCGCCUCCUCUUCCUCCUCCUCCACCACCACCACCAGUCAGUUCUCCUCCUCCUCCCCCUCUUCCAUCACAACCAACAUCACCUCCCGGGGGCAACCAGCCUCCAAAGGAUCCACCUCAACCUCCAAAGGAUCCACCUCAACCUCCCAGGAAAGCAAGUGAUCAUUUGACCAGAUCUUCUAAAGCGUCAUCUCAUAGUCAUUCAAAAAGAGAUUGUGAAGUAGCUGACAAACAGACUGAAUCAGACAAACUAAGGUCCAGACACAGAGAAGAAAAACAUCAAAGUCAAAAGCCAUCUGAAUCAACCGAUAGGAGGCACAGAAGUUGUUCAGAUUCCAACAAGGACUGCCAAGCCCCAGACAAAAGCAGAUCUCAUAGAACAGACAAAAAACCUGGAAGAAGGUAUGAAUCCAGGUCUUGUAAAAGCAAGGACAGUGUAAAUGUUGAGGGACACCACAGGAGUUCUGACUCAAAGGACCGGAAAAAGUCUUCUUCAAGUCAGCAUACUGAGCGCUACAGUGAUUCUUCUAAAGAGAGGGAAAGGGAUAGACAGAGGGAUUACCAAAGGAAGGGGAACAGACAACGUGAAGAUGAAAGUAGCAGAAAACAUAGGAGGAGCAGUCAGUCAGAGACGAGCAGAGAACGAGAGAAACAAAGAUCCAAAGAAUCUGAUAAAGGAAAAGUGGACAUCUGUGGUAAGGAAAGACGAGAAAAGACUCAUGAGGCCCAAAAAAGAUCCUCUGAAGAGCUAAAUGUGGGUGAGAAAAGCUCUGUUGAGGAAAAUAGUCCAAACAGGAAGCUGUGUUUUAUGGAAAAAUUGAAUCUAACCCUUUCACCAAUUAAGAAGCCAGUGUUGGCAUUUGAUGGCAGCCAGAAUGACCUUCCAUCAGUGGACAAGGAUGUUGAAAAAACAUCAGCUGAGGAGAAUUUACAGCCUAAUGUCGAAGACAUGUGUGUCAUUGAUGAAGUAGUCAGCAGCGAAUUAGAAGUGUUGGAAGGUGUUGUAGAGAAAUCUCCAGAUAACCUUAAAGCUUCAAGUUCUGAGAAGAUGCAUAAGAGAUCCGACGUGAAAGAUGUUCAGAAAAAGGACAAACGCUUGAGUGAAUCUCCUGCAGCUGACAAUUUAGUCCAAACUACCUCAGCUCAUAGAGAACCCCUAGAUACUGCAAAGAAUCAGAACACUGUGCAUCUCGCACCAAAAUCUCCAGAGAGUUGUUCUCUAAAAGCAGCAGACAUUUCAAAAAAUUACAAAGACAAAACCAAGAUGGUCUCUGACAGCCAGGUAGCUGACUGGGAACCACUGGAGAACACAGAUGGCACAGAUCCAAGUGAAAUGUCUGGAGGCAUUUCUGAGCAGAACACAAGCAACGACUUACAAAAAGCUGACCCUGGAAAGCCAACUGAUCUGUCCGCUGCUGUUACACAACCCACUGUGCUCAAUUCAAGUGUACAGCCCCCUAAAACUGCAGUGCCACAGUGCAUCUCUCUGGAUUCACUCACAGAAGAUGCUGUUUCAUCACAACCAAGGGAAACAAAUGUUGAUGAAGACAUCACUGACAAGGCAAAUUCCGAAAGUCAGCAAGUUUCUCCCGUUGUUUCUGCUUCUACCAGUUCAGUUAUCGAGAACGAUGGUUGCGGUCGGCAAGAUUGUCCUAAAGAUACAGAUGCUGUAUCCAGUACAAUCAGCCUGGAAUCACUUCCACAAGAAGGGCUGAGUUUAUCAGAGGCCAUUUAUGUUUUAACACAGAAUAACGAAGAUGCCAAUGACUGCAGUGACAUCGCAAAUGAGCCCAGCUCUUCCACCAGCUGUAUUGGCGUGUCCAAAGUUAGUAGUACGACGGAGGAGAAGAUGCUACCAGAGAGGUACAGUGAAUUCAUUGUCACACCCAAGAAGACCUUCAGUCCUGGAAAGGGGCAGGAGAAGAAGGUUGAGCCGUCAAGUUCUGUGCCUUUACUACAUGAUGAGGAUUCCAUGAUGCGCACACUGAGCAAUCUGAAGAGAAUCCCUGAUGUCAUCAGCCCUCUGAAGAGCCCAGUCAGGAUAUCCAAGAGAAAUCUUCCCCAUGUGCACGGCAAGCCUGGUCAUGUCAAGAGCCUUCAGAAAGAUUUUUCCAGUACACCUGUAGAUGGCAGCUUAAAGAAACUGGAUGUAAACAAAGAGAACAAGUAUCCAGGUUCUCCAGCAAACUGUGACACACCAAAUCAAGUGGAUAAGGUGUCCGAUCUAUCUUCAAGUCUUUCUGGAACAGAUCUGGAGGAAGGGGAAAUUUUAAGUGAAAGUGAUGAGUCGCCUGCAACUUCACCUGUUUCUCCAACCAAGAGGGCCAAGGUAGCACAGCCAGUAGGAAAUAAACCAAGUCAAAAAUCUGUUUUAAAGAGGAAAUCUGAAGAAAGACUUGUUUCAAAAGAAACCCACGAAACAGCAGGUGCAUCAACACGCAGUCCAAAGAGUCGUUUUAAAACAGUUUGCCCUGCAGCAAGCAAAGCUUCUUUUUCCACCGUAGAGGAAAUAAUGGAGACCUUCAAGUUGGUUCGCACUGAGAUCCGGAAAAAGUACAUGAAGCUUCAUAAAACCUUCCCUAAGAAGAGCUUCUAUGGGGUGAUGGAUAAUUUUCGAGAGUCUUUUUUAGAGUUUGUGGAAGGUGCUUAUUUCGGUGAUAUAUGCAGCCAGGCAGAGGAGCUGAAGUCCAUGCUGAAGAAGCUGAUUGAAUCUGUGUUUGGCAAAGUAUCAAAUAAUGGUAUUGUGAAGCGCAUUUUUGAACAGCAAGCAGUUGAUCUAAAGCAAAAGCUGUGGGACUUUGUAGACGUUCAAGUGGACUACUUGUUCAGAGACAUUCAGUCGACACUGAAGAGUCAUUGCAAACCAGCGAGGGCUCAGGCUGAGGGCAAGAAGCCCAGUAGAAACGAGAGAGAGUCUCGACAGACUUCUCUAAAGAAGCCACAGUGUCAACAGACAGAAGCUCAGGCUGCUCCCAACAGCCUGAAUCCGACAAAGUCAUGUGUUGUGGCUCCUUACAAAACAGGCCUUGGAAGCCGAGGCAAAGACAUCAGAAUCACAUACAUGGAAAAAGAUGGAAAUGCUGAUUCACAUCCAUCAAACUGCCCAAAUACAAAAACUGUGGUUGAGUUUCUUCCUCCCAAAAAUCUGCCUAUGACUCCAGACAAAAAUAACAAAUCUUUGGUGAUCUCUCAGAAUGGCCCUAUGCUUGACAAAACAGACUUUGAGCUUCUCACAGAGCAGCAAGCCUCCAGUUUAACGUUCAACCUGGUGAGGGACUCUCAAAUGGGAGAAAUCUUCAAGUGUCUCCUGCAGGGAUCUGACUUAUUAGAAAGCAGUAGCAUCACUGGAGACAACACUGCCUGGUCCCUCAGUACUCCGAGGAAGGAUAGAGAAAGAUUCAUCACCAUCACCACACCAUCAAAAUUUGACUCUCCUUCUAAACUGAUCUCUCCAACCAAAUUCGAUACUCCCUCCAAACUUAUUACCACGUGGUCUAGUAUUUCACCUCGCAAGAUGUCGUCCCCGCGACUGAAAGAUGAGAUUCCACUGAACCCAGCCUUUUUUGAUGAAAGUUGCCUGUUAGAAGUUCCACAGGAGAACAGAACGCCGCUGCAGGCCAGCUUGGCUGCACAGAAGACUUAUUCGAUUCUAGCUGAAGAUCUGGCAGUGUCCCUCACCAUUCCAUCGCCUCUCAAAUCCGAAAGCCACCUCAGUUUCCUGCAGCCGUCGACCAUGAGCAUGCAGAUCAUGUCCACUCCCGAUAGCGUCAUCAGUGCGCACAUAAGUGAGGACGCCAUGCUGGAUGGGGAGGACGCCACAGAGCAGGACAUUCACCUGGCCCUCGACACCGACAACUCCACCUGUGGCUCCAGCAGCAGCACGGCCUCGGAACCACUCGCCACGCCUUUCGUUUUCAAGCCCGACGUACCUAUGCAGGCACUGGUGAUGGAGAAGUCCAACGAUCACUUCAUCGUGAAGAUUCGGCAGGCGAACACAAGUGCCGAUAUCACACUGACUGCUGAUGACAGCUUCAGUCGAACACUAAUAGAAGAUGAUCAGCAACAGAUGUCAGAUGUCUGUCAUAUUGUAGAUGAAGGUUUAACACUAACAAACAAAAAACAAGAUAUGUCAGUUCAACCAAAUACCUCAAAGGAUUGUUUAUCCAAUGGGCCUUCAAAAAAUUUGCCUGAAGAUGCUCCUUUCGAUAACAGUUUGAACAACGGUUGUCAAAAGUCUGCUGCUGCUUCUGAUGAGGGUACAACUCAUACACAUGUCAAAGAAGAACACAAACCUCCGAAAACUCCUACAAAAGCUCUUUCAUGUAAGUCACCGAAAAGGAUUCGUCCCUCUAAAUGUGCUGUGUCAGAUAAGAGUCUGCCUCACCCUGCUGAAAGCUCAGACACAAAUCAACAUAGCCGAGCAUCACGGUCGCACAUUUCAGACUCGGAGAGAGAAGAAAUGGACGUGUCCGAGUCAGAGAGGAGUCUCACCAUUGCAGAGGACACCAGCAGCUCACCGGAGAAACAGCAGAGGGACUGUAACAACGGCAGGAAACGGAAGAGGCAUCAAGAGAAAUCGAAGGCAAAGAGGUCCAGAAAGGCGGAAAAGGAGAGCACAGAGGAGAUGGCAUCGAGUUUAAAGGAGGUCGACGAGGAGCAGGUGUGGAGCUCACCGACGGCAUGUGUGUCACCCAACAGUCUGUCUGCUAAGAAUGUCAUCAGGAAGAAGGGCGAGGUGGUGAUAACAUGGACCAGAGAUGAAGAUCGAGCUAUUCUGAUGGAACUGAAGACAAAAGGUGCCUCACGUGAAACGUUCUCUGCCCUGUCAGAGAAGCUUAACAAGCCAUCAGAGCAGAUUGCUCACAGAUUUUAUCAGCUCAUGAAGCUUUUCAAGAAGCAGGAGAAAAAGGACACCUGAUCCCUCCGACUGUGCGUGCAAACAGUUCCUGUGUUGGAGCUUUUCUCCUCCUGUGUGGUUGCACCGAUACUUGACGUGGCAUGGAAAGAAGUGAACGCCGAGUGUUUGAGUCAUGACACGGUUGAGGCUGCUGUGUCCAUUGAGAACCGAAGCCAUGCAUCAACCAUCGGCGAACACAAACAUGGACAGGAGUUUUAGCCAAACGUUGAUUUUUAUUUGAAGGUGAAGGUCUGGUUUGAAGUGUUUUGUUUUAGAUGCUUAACUACCUACUCGUACUAUUUGGAACAAUGAAACAUCCUCUCAGUAUAAACACAGGCAGUGCUUCAGAUGCACUUUUUGUGUUUUUGCAAUCAGCACUACAGCACCAAGUCUGGGUAUUUACUGAUAUCUAACCCUCACAGAAGUGGAGAAAGAGUUUGUGAUUUCUUUUCUUACACAUUUCAAAAAUGUUCACAAGUCCUUAGGUUAAUUAAACACCUAAUAUGUAAUACACGUUUUAAUCUAAACAACUGAGGGGAACUAUCUUCAAACUACAAUAAUUCCAGCUUCCAAGGCAAGUAUACUCAAAUUGUCUUAAUUCUAAUUACAUUUUUAGUUGCAGAUGCUCACUAUAAACAAUUUGAAGCAUCACCUGUCAGUAGACCUCAUGCUAACAGACUGAUCGUUUCGGCCCUUUUAUUUUAUUGGCAGUAUUUGUAUGUGAAUCGAGUGCUUUAUACGUUUGAAGGUAGUUAACAUGUUUACAGUCCAUGUACAUGAUCUCUGUUAAUACACAUGAAACAUUUUGUAUAUGGGCUUGAUUGAAAUGUGUUCUUUUUUUGCUUAUCAACAGUAUGGAAGACAAUACUGUGAAUAUUGUAUCUACUUCUUUACUGAAAAUAAAGUUUUAUUUAUUUA